AUGUCUGAAAGAUCAGAAGCACAGAAUGACAAGGAUCAGGCAGCAGCGCCUUCGUCGGAGCUCACUGUCAAGCAUCCGCUGCAAAACGCAUGGGUGUUGUGGUUCGACAACCCAGUCAAACGUCUGGGAGCGAAGGACUGGUCUUCGAACUUGAAGAAGGUUGCGACUUUUGACGUGGUCGAGGACUUUUGGGGAAUCUUCAACAACAUUCGUCCUCCCUCGCGUCUCAAUCCUGGCUCGAACUAUCACUUGUUCAAGCUUGGCAUCGAGCCGACUUGGGAACAUGCGACGAACAUGAAUGGGGGGAAGUGGACCAUCCCAAAGAAGGAUGGCAAGAAGCUGAUUGAUGACAUGUGGCUUUACACUGUUCUCGCAAUGAUCGGAGAGAACUUCGACGCUGGGGAUGAGCUUUGCGGAGCUGUCAUCAGUUUGCGCAAGGCGGGAGACAGAGUGGCAGUCUGGACCAAGUCUGCUGACGAUGAGAAGUCAUGUCGGGAGAUCGGUCAACAGUUCAAAGCUGCCAUCUCUGAGUGCCUGGGCACCGAGGAUUCCAUCGAGUACCACGUUCACAACGAUGCGCUCCAGAGCAUCAAGAACAAAAGCGAUGGGAACAAGAAGGAGGCAAAGUACAAGAUUUGA